CUUCAUAGUGGUUGUGCUGAUGUUUGGACCAGUAGUAUUAUCAGUAUAGUAUUAUUUUGCUUAGAAAUGCAAAAUGAAAGAAAGACAGAGCCAGAAAGAGAAGAAAAAAAAAGAUCUGAGGAUUUCAAGGUUCAAAAGUGUAGAUGGUUUGUAAUAGUUUUAAAUCUGUAAAGUAUGUCUGCUCUUUGCAGGUGUAUAUGAGCCAACAUGCCUAUCCCUCCUCCUCCUCCUCCUCCACCCCCACUACCCCCACCACCCCCACCAGCUGUCCUACAGUCCCAAACCGAGCAUCCUAAAAUCCAGUGCUGUGAAGGAGGCCGCAGCGCACUACUGUUAGACAUCCAGAAGGGAACCAGACUGAAGAAGGUGAUGCAGGUCAAUGACCGCAGUGCUCCCAGCCUCAACAAGCCCAGUGUGGAUGGCAGUGUUGGAGCAGGUGGAAGCUCUGGGGUCACACCCACACCAGGACCUACUCUAAGUGGACUUUUUGCUGGAGGAUUUCCUGUCCUGAGGCCUGUUGGACAGAGAGACAAAGACUCACACAACCGAUCAGCGCCUCAGUCCGGUUCUGCUGUCAGCCUGAAACACCCUCUGUGGAACCUGCCUUCUAAGGGGCAGAGUUUCAGGGGUAGCACUCCAGAUCUCUCUCCUUCCUACAGAAAUAUGGAAAGGACCACCUCUCUAUCUAAAACACGUCCUGUCUCCUCCUACACGGCCCCGCCUUCACCCAGCCAACCCACUCCCCCAACUUUUAAGCUUCUAUCCUCUCCUCCCUCUAUGGCUCCUCCUCCUCCUCCUCCAUCACAUCUUCAUCAGGAGCAUACAAGUAACAAGCCUCCUUCUCUCUCUACCUGUGCUCCUCCUCCUCCUCCACCUCCUUCUCAAAUCACCAAACCCACAUGGUUACCAGUUCAAUCUCACUCUUUCCCGAUGCCCACAGUGCCACCUCCGCCACCACCUCCCUUGGUCCCACCUUCUUCUCUUCCUGAUAGGUUGCCUAGUUUCUUCUACCCUCUGUCUCCUUCUCCAAAACCAGCAGAUGCUAAGUUUGGUAACAUCAGGGAUAGUCCCCCUCCACCUCCUCCUGCUUUUCCUGCCUCUUUGCCCCCUCCUCCACUUCCCCCACCUCCUAAAGCUCCUGCAGUGCCCCUGUACCGCCCUGCAGUUCCUGUGCUGCCCCCCUCUUACCCCUGCAUGGCCCCCAGUCGGAAGCCUCCUGCAAUUCCAGCAAGUGCAGGAGCUGGACGAUUGGCUCCUCCCCCUGCUCCACCCGCUCGUUCUCCUACCACUGAGUUGUCCAGCAGAAUCCCACCCCCUCUUCCACCUCUGCCCCCGGCUCUGCCCAUCUCAGUGAGGAACGGACACCUGCACAGUUUUGAUGACUUUGAAUCCAAGUUUCAGUUCCACCCAGUUGAAGAUUUCCCUCCUCCUGAAGUGUUCCGGCCCUUUCUGAGAACAUACCCGAGCAAAGAGAACAGAGUGUCAUCACAAGCUCCUGGCAUGAGGACCCACCUACGAUAAAAAAAAGAAGACCGUGAGGUUUGGUGCUGACUUUCAUCAGGCUUCAUUUACCUCAUUAUCACCAUGUCUGCUGAUGAGGAGAUCAAAGGUCCAACUUGGUAUUAAGCUGAUGGACCCAUCAUUUAUUCCAGCACAGAGCUCAGGAUACAGUCCAGUAAACCUCAGAAUUGUGUAGUGUCCUAACCGUUAAUCUCAGCUCUGUCUGCUGAUGCUCGCUUUAGUGCAAUCACUGUAUGUAUGUAAAUAAAUACUCUGUCUUAUCUUCUUCUCCCUGGAAAUGAUGAAUGUACGCUUUAAAGAUUCAUCAGCAACUCAACAGGGAACUUGGGUAACAUUGUCACUUUACCUAACAUACUGAUGUUUCUGUUAUUUUCUAACCUUCAUCCUGAAGCCUGAAGUCUUGUUUUCUCAGACGGAGUGUUGGUUACAGUCUGCUCCA